AUGUUCGAUGUCUAUGGGCGAGAGAACCUGUUUAGUUUCCCUGGCACAAAGGCACAUGCCCAGAGGAAGAAGCUGCUUGCUCAUGCGUACUCAAAGAGCAUGAUUCUCUCACCAACUUCUAUUGCAAGACCACUAAUAGAAAAGAACGUCAAGGAGUUCCUAGAUCUGUUGGAGAAGGAUAAGGCUGUUGCUGAAGAGACAUUCCGCAGCCUGCACUGGUUCAGUCUCGACAGCAUCACAGGAUUUCUGUACGGCGAUAAGCAUGGAGGGACACAUGCCCUCAGAGGAAACGACGCAGAUCGAGCUCUUCUGAAUGAUAUUAUUGACCAUGGCAGGAGAAAACUCAGCUGGUUCAAUGUCCAUCUAAGAGCAUACACCUUAUGGCUUUACUCAGCAACAGGAGUCAUUGAGAAUAUUAUCACGCGCCUUGGCUUGCUACCCAUGAACAAGCCAGCAACUAACACCGGUAUUCGGACUCAUGCCUUGAAGUCAUGGAAUGAAUUUGAAGCAACUGGUCACGAGCAGAUUACUCCAGAGGAUGAUCAAUCGAUUAUGUCGUUACUGUGGAAGUAUAACAAGGGCGAGAAAGGACCUCGUCUGGAUGGCCUCGACAUUGCAUCUGAGGUGGCCGACCACUUCUUGGCGGGAAUCGACACAACCAGCGAUACCCUUAUUUAA